AUGACUUCUUUAUUAUUAACAUCGAAUAGAUCUUAUCUUAAAUUUCCUAUAUAUACGUGGUAUCGUCACUUGUCAACAACUGAACAUCGUUCUCAUGAUCAAUUACUAUUAACAAUUGGCCAAACUAAUUUAUUGCCUAACAGCACACAAAAAAAUGAAUGGAAUAUGUUAAGAAAUCAAUCAACUCAAAAACGUUAUAUAACUUUACAUGUGCCUCCAACUGGUGAUGAAAAACAAACACAAAAUAGAAAUGAACAAGCACCUUUUGAAUUUCCGCCAGGAAAUCCCAAUGAUAAACCAAAACUUGAACAUUUACGUUAUAUUGAAAAUCAACUCAUACGAAUUUUACCUGAUUUUUGUAAACGAAUGCAUCCAUAUGCUCUGUAUACACCUGAUGUUAUUUUUGAAAAUUAUUAUGACGAUCCACCCAAAAUUAUGAAAGGAGCCGGCAGUUAUGCUUUAGCUCUAUUCUGGAUUCGGACAAAAUUAAAUUUUAAAUUAAUGAGCGUAACUAUUACUCUACUUAAAACGACAAUUGAUGAAGAAUCAGAUUGUGUUAAAAUACGUUGGCGUGCGUCUGGUUUAUCAAAUAAAUCAUUUGUUGGCGUUCUUAAAGGCUGGAAAAAACCAAAAGAUGUUGCUGGAAAUAUACGUGAUUACAUCGAAUCUAUCGAUGGACUUUCAACAUUUUAUGUUCGUGGCGAUGGCCGUAUUCAUAAACAUCGAGUCGAUCGAGUUAUGGUCGAUGAAGAUAAGGAGCUAGCAGCAUCGUUGAAUAAAAAGAAAUUAGCUGCAGCAACAGCACCAGUUUCUGCGUAG